AUGGAUCAAAAGAAUAAUGAAGAAUAUCAGAAAGAAAUUACUAUUAGUUCACCUAUUAGAGUACCCCAAAUGUCAUUAAAAAGGUUUGAUAUUGGACGUAGUAUUGGUAAAGGACAAUUUGGCCAUGUUUAUAUUGCAAGAGAAAAAAAUGAGCGGCUAUAUAAUAAUAUUGAAAAUAAUAUAUACUUUGCUUUGAUUCUUGAAUAUGCAGCCAAAGGAGAACUUUAUAAAAAACUUGUAAAAUCAGGUAGACUUAAAGAAAAAAAAGCAUCAAGGUAUGUUGUACAAAUAGUUGGAGACUUAAAUUAUAUUCACCGAAAACACAUUAUUCAUCGGGAUAUAAAACCAGAAAAUUUGUUGAUAGAUUUGAAUGAUGAGAUUAAGAUUAGAGAUUUUGGAUGGCGUAAAACAUUUUGUGGUAUAUUGGAUUAUCUUCCACCAGAAAUGAUUGAAGGUAAAGAAUAUGAUGAAAAGAUCGAUAUUUGGUCACUUGGUGUUUUGUGCUAUGAACUUCUAACUAGUACCGUAACAUUUGAAGAACUUGUUGAAAUUAUAGAAAAUCAAAAGGAAAUUAUUAGAAGUUCGAUUAAUCUUAUAUGGAAAGCUACUAAUGGAGGAAUCAAAGAAAUUGUUUUUAAUAACCAAUUGUGUUUAGCAGAAAUUUUCUUAAGUGAUGGCACUGAGAAUACCGAAAACUUGAAUGCACCUGGGGAUCUAUAUAGUGACAAUUUAUCGCAAGUCAAUAAGUUAAUGUUUGAUGCCCAAGCAAGUGAAAAUGAUACAUUAAAUUUGAAAGAAGGUCAAUGA